AUGAGCAGCCAGCUCCUGCUCCUGGCUGUACUCCCGGCGCUCCUGGGUCCUCCAGCUGCCAUGGCACAGAAGGGGAGCCAAGCAGUGUGCGAGGAUGUGCUGGAGGCUGACAUCGCCUUCCUGGUGGAUGGCUCAUCCAGCAUCGGAAGGAACAACUUCCGUGCUGUCCGCACCUUCAUGGACGAGCUGGUGGGGCCCUUUGUGCAGGUGGUGGGUGAGAAGGCAGUGCGCUUUGCCGUGGCACAGUACAGUGAUGACCCACGAGUGGAGUUCUCAUUCUCCCAGCACACUGAUGGCACAAGUGUCCGGAGGGCCAUCCAGCAACUGAGCUACAAGGGUGGCAACACGCGGACAGGCGCUGGCUUCCGCUACGUUGCUGACAACUUCUUUGGCCCCACGCAGCGCCGGCCUGGGGUCCCCCAGAUCUGCAUUCUCAUCACGGAUGGCAAGUCCCAGGAUGAUGCCGAGGGGCCGGCAGCAAAGCUGAAGAGCCAGGGCAUCAAGGUCUUUGCUGUGGGUAUUAAGAAUGCUGACCACAAGGAGCUGAUCCGUGUGGCCUCAAUGCCUACUGAUGCCUUCUUCUUCUACGUUGGUGAUUUCAAGCUGCUGGACACGCUGGUGCCACUGAUGACGCGCAGGGUGUGCACGACUGUUGGGGGCACCCUGCGCCUGCUGGAUGGGCCAAGCCACACUGGCCCCUCCAACCUGGAGAUCCCGGAGCGGGGCCUCAACCAUCUGCAGAUCCGCUGGAGAGCAGCCAGCGGUCCCAUCACCGGCUACCGGGUGCAGUACGUGCCACUGACAGGGCUAGGGCAGCCCAUCAUGGCAGAGAGGCAGGAGGUGAGCGUGGGGCCACGGGAGACGAGCACUGUGCUACGGGGACUGCGUGUUGGGACAGAGUACCUGGUCACUGUCACCGCCCAGUAUGCCAACAGCAUCGGCGAGUCGGUGUCUGGCCGAGCACGAACCCGGCACCUGGUGGGCGUGCAGCACUUGAGUGUCCACAACGUCUCAACACAGAGCAUGCUGCUGGCCUGGCAGCCUGUCAGUGGGGCUACUGGCUACCGGCUCUCCUGGGCCACCCGCACAGGGCAGGACAGGCACAGGGUGGACCUGGAUGCUGGGCAGAUGUCACAUGCAUUGGUGGGGCUGCAGCCCAACACUGACUACGUGGUGAUGGUGGCCCCACUCUUCAGGCAGCUGGAGGGGCCCACAGCCACUGUGCGGCAGAGGACAGAGGCAGGUACAGACCAGAUGCUGCAGACCAACAUCCUGGGCCCCACAUCCAUCCAGGUGCUCUGGACCAGUGCCCGUGAUGCUCGUGGCUACCGUCUAGAGUGGAAGAGAGCCACAGGACCAGAGCCCCCCAGAACGGUGUCUCUCCCCAGCAGCACCAAUACUUACCAGCUGACGGGGCUGAAGCCAGGCACCGAGUACCGCAUCACCCUCUACACGCUCUACGAUGGUGGGGAGGUGGCCACCCCCGUCACCACCUUUCAGACAGGCGUAGAGGCACCCAUGGGUGCUGUGUCAGACCUGCGGCUUGUUGAGGAAUCAGGCAGAUGGGUACGGCUGAGCUGGACCGGUGUCCCCAGUGCCACCGAGUACAAAGUGGUGGUGCGCAACAACCAGGAUGGCACAGAGAGGACGAGGCGCAUCCCAGGCAGCCAGACGGGACUGGAGCUUGGUGACCUUCGGGAGGGCAUCACCUACCUGGUGCGUGUCUCGGCACUAGCAGGUGGUCAGGAGGGCAGUGCUGCCACGCUCACCAUCCGCCUCAGUGACACAGUGGUACUGUGGGGUGGUGCAGAGUAUCCAGAGGUGGGCAGCAUUUCAGACCUGCGGGUGAUGGAGGCCGGUCCCAGCCAGCUGCGGGUCACCUGGCGAGGGCUACCAGGCGCUGGGGGCUACCUGCUGACGUGGCAAGGCAGUGACGGUGUGAAGAAAUCCCGCUUCCUCCCUGCUGACCCCACCACCUUCACCAUCGAGGGGCUGCAAACCAACAUCGUCUACACCAUCGGUGUCUCAGCCAUUGUGGAUGGCCGUGAGGGCAGCCCUGUCACUGCCACGGGACGGAUAGUGCCAGAGCAGGUGGGGAAGGUGACCCAGCUGGAGGUGCAGGCAUCCAGGAGCAAUGUUGCCCGUGUCACCUGGGUCGGUGUGCCGGGAGCCACUGCCUACCAUGUGGUGUGGAGCCGCAGGGACGGGAGUUUGGAGAACAGUCGGCGAGUUCCUGGCCACAUCAACUCUUUCGACAUCCCCAACCUGGAGGGAGGCGUCUCCUACAUUGUGAAGGUGACGGCACUCAUUGGCAACCGGGAAGGCAACCCCGUCUCCGUUGUCGUCACCACCCCGGAGGCAGUGCCCCUACGCCCCGUCAGCGGCUUCCAGGUGACCGAGGCCUCGGAGCACCGCCUGCGCCUGGCCUGGCUGCCAGUGGCUGGCAGCACCGGCUACCGUCUGUUCUGGCGCCUGGCUGAAGGGGGGCCCCAGCAUAGCCAGCAGCUCCCAGCCACCUCCAGCUCUUAUGAUCUGUCGGGACUGGAACCGGGCCGGCGCUACCAUAUCAGCAUCACCAGCCUGGCUGGCAGCCGAGAGAGCGAGCCAGCCACCAUCACUGCCAUCACCACUGCCGCAAGCCGCAUCACCAGCCUGAGGGUGACGGAGGUGCAGAGAGAUUCGGUGACUCUCACCUGGACCCCAGUCCCUGGUGCCUCUGGCUAUGUCCUCUCCUGGAGCCCUCCCGCAGCUGGCGGGGAGAAGAGGCAGACACUGCCCAGCACUGCCAGCUCCCAGCAGGUCUCUGGGCUGCGCCUGGGCCAGCGCUACACCUUCACCCUCCGCCCGCUCCUGGGGAGCGCGCCAGGUGCCGAGGUGUCCGUCAGCGAGCGCACAGUCUGCAGGGAUGCCCUCGGUGACGUGGUCUUCCUGGUACACGGCACCCGCAACAGCUCCUCUGGUGCCGACGCUGUCCGCACGCUCCUCUCCAACACCGUGUCUGCCCUGGGGCGCCUGGGCCCUGAGGGCACACAGGUGGCCCUGGCCACAUACAGCUACCGCAGCCUACCCUGGCUGCUCCUCAACCGCUCCAGUGACCUGCCUGCUGUGCUGGAACAGAUCCGCACCAUGCGCUAUGAGGAGCCCAGCGGCAACGCCAUCGGGGCAGCCAUCACCUUUGCCAGGACCUACCUGCUGAGUCCUGGCGCAGGGCGCCGUCCCGGGGUGCCAGCAGUGCUGGUGGUUCUGGCUGACAGCCCUUCUGGGGAUGAUGCCAUCACUGCGGCCAGGGAUGUCAAGGCUGCGGGGGUCCAGGUGCUGGCAGUGGGCAUGGAGGGGGCAGACCGGGAGCAGCUCCGGCGCAUGGUCACCAGUGAAGACCCGCGGUACAUCUACCAUGGCAGAGACCUGGCAGAGCUGGAGGGAGAGCUCACUGACGACCUCUGCACAAUCAUCUCCACCAAGCCAGCGCCAAAGCCGAAGCCCUGCACCGUGCAGUGCCCCAAGGGCGAGAAGGGAGACCGCGGUGAGGCAGGUCGCCACGGGCUUCCUGGCCCCCCAGGACCACCUGGGCCACGGGGUCCACCAGGAGAGAGUGCUGAGAGUCCGGGCAAGAAGGGGGACAGGGGCAUCCAGGGCAUCCCUGGUCCUCGAGGGGAUCCUGGGACACGGGGGCCUGUGGGACUUACUGGCCCAAAGGGGGAGAAAGGUGAACCGGGAGAGCCCAGGGUGAUCAUGGAUGGAGAACAGGGGCUACCAGGCCGGAAAGGGGAGCCAGGUGUGCCGGGUCCUCGGGGACCACCGGGGGAACAGGGCAGGAAGGGAGACCGUGGGGCACCGGGCGAGCUGGGAGAGACGGGUGAGAAGGGAGACCGUGGAGUGCCGGGCCCACAGGGUGAGAGGGGUGAGACGGGAGCCCCAGGGCACCCAGGGCCAUCAGGCAGAGAGGGAGCUCCAGGACCGGCUGGCCCCCGCGGGGAGAAGGGUGACAGAGGUCUCCCAGGACCAGAAGGACCUCCUGGCCCCAAGGGUGACACAGGAGAUAAAGGUGCCCGUGGUCCCCCUGGCCUGAGCAUCCCUGGACCAGCUGGCCCCAAAGGCGAGCAGGGCGAUCGGGGUAUCGUUGGCCUCACAGGCAGGAGUGGCCCAAAGGGUGACCCAGGAGAGCCAGGGGAGAAGGGGGAGCCGGGCCGAGCAGGCACCCCUGGGCAGACCGGGAUGCGAGGCAAGGAGGGAGAGAGAGGAGAGAAAGGUGAUGAAGGCACCCCGGGUGAAGCGGGUCUGCCUGGCAAACCUGGAGACAGAGGUCCCCGGGGCCUUCCUGGCUACCGUGGCCCCCCCGGGGAGAAAGGUGACUUGGGGGACCCAGGACCUGAGGGCAGGAAUGGCAGCCCUGGAGCACCAGGGAGCAAGGGUGACCGUGGGGACCCGGGGCCUCCUGGACCCCCAGGACGAGCUGUCGAUGUUGGGCUUGGAGGAGUGGGAGAAAAGGGUGAGAAGGGGGACCCUGGGGACCCGGGCAAGAAUGGCGUGAAGGGUGCCCAGGGUGAUGCUGGCUCCCCUGGAGUGCCUGGAGAGAGGGGUGUGGAGGGCCCCCGUGGCCCCCCUGGCACGCGGGGUGACCCUGGGGACCGAGGCCUGCCAGGAGAGAAGGGGGACCGUGGCCCCCCAGGGCUGGAUGGCCGAAAUGGGCUAGAAGGCAAACCUGGGCCCCCAGGGCCUGCUGGACUGAGGGGGGACCCGGGAAAGCAGGGAGAUCCUGGACGGGAUGGGCUGCCUGGGCUGCGUGGGGAGCAGGGACCACCUGGCCCUGUGGGUCCCCUUGGACCACCUGGCGUGCCUGGCAAACCCGGUGAGGAUGGCAAACCUGGCCUGAAUGGCAAGAAUGGAGAAGAUGGUACACCAGGAGAGGAUGGGAGAAAGGGAGACAAAGGUGAUACAGGACUACCUGGGAGAGAGGGCCGCAGCGGUGCCAAGGGCGAGCAGGGGGACAGAGGUGUGCCAGGCCCCCUCGGCCCCCCUGGCCUUCCUGGUGUCCCAGGGCAGGUUGGCCCCCCAGGCCAGGGCUCCCCAGGCCUCCGUGGGGUGGCUGGACCAAAGGGGGACCCAGGGGAGCCUGGACUGCGAGGGGAGCCGGGGCGACCUGGCAACCCUGGAGCACGUGGAGACCCUGGGACUACAGUGAACAUUGAACGUAGCCUGGAGGCGCUUGGCAUCAAGGUUUCAUCCCUGAAGGAACUCACGGGUGCCUAUGAUGGGAGCUCAGACUCAUUUCUGCCGGUGUCCGAGCGGCUGCGGGGCCAGAAGGGCAGUCGGGGGGAUCCAGGAGAAAGGGGGCCCCCAGGCCGAGAGGGCUCCUUAGGCUUCCCUGGCGAGCGAGGACCCAAAGGUGACAAGGGGGACCCAGGUACCCCCGGCCCCCAGGGCCCCAUGGGCCGGGCCGUGGGUGAGCGGGGUCCCGAGGGCCCGCCUGGGCAGCCAGGGGAGCCUGGCAAGCCAGGCAUUCCUGGGGUGCCGGGCCGGGCUGGGGAGCUGGGGGAAUCCGGGAGGUCCGGCGAGAAGGGUGACCGAGGUGAGAAGGGUGACCGAGGUGAGCAGGGAAGGGAUGGCUUGCCUGGACCCCCAGGGCCCCCAGGGCCCAAGGUGGACGUGGUGGAGGGCAGCUUGAUGGGCCUCCCAGGCGAACGUGGCCCCACCGGACCCAAAGGAGCCAAGGGUGAGCCAGGAGCUGAGGGUGAGCGGGGACCCAAAGGAGAUAAGGGUGAAGGUGGCUUGAGGGGUGACCGAGGGGAGCCUGGUGAGAAGGGCAGGGACGGCGCCCCGGGUCUCCCGGGUGAGAGAGGGCUGGCAGGCCCUGAGGGGAAGCCGGGCUUGCCAGGCUUUCCUGGCGUGCUGGGACGCCCGGGCAGCAUUGGCGCACCAGGGACCCAGGGCCCAGCUGGUGCCAAGGGCUUGCCUGGACCCCAGGGCAACAUGGGCCUGCCAGGACCACUUGGCCCCCCUGGCCCAGGGGGCCCACCCGGUGUCCCUGGGCUGCCAGGACAAGUGGGGGAGAGCGGGAAGCCAGGCGUGCCGGGCAGGGAUGGUGUGCCCGGGAAGGAUGGUGAGGCAGGAGUGCCUGGGAAGAUGGCCAUCGCUGGCCCCCCUGGAGCCAAGGGAGAGAAGGGUGAGCCGGCGCUGCUGGAGGGUGUGCUGCUGGGAGAGCCCGGCUCCAAGGGUGACCGAGGCUUGCCAGGCCCCAAGGGUGAGAAGGGAUCACUGGGUGUUGGUGCACGGGGUCCACCAGGACAGGAUGGGCCUCCAGGUUUGAAGGGUUUGAUCGGCUUUCCAGGCAGGGAUGGCAUCGCUGGACCACCGGGACCUGUGGGGCCCCCAGGGCCGGCUGGCAUACAAGGCCCCCCUGGCCUGAAAGGUGACAAGGGUGAAGAUGGGCGCCCAGGGCCAGAAGGGGAUCGUGGGCCAGCAGGCUUGCCUGGGAACCGUGGGGAGCCUGGGGACAAGGGAGCCCUUGGGGCCCCAGGACCCAAAGGAGACAAGGGCGAUACUGUGGUGGUGGAGGGGCCGCCUGGAGCACGGGGCAGCAAGGGAGAGCCGGGAGAGCGUGGCCUGAAGGGCAUAGAAGGAGACAAGGGGGACAAGGGGGAGCAAGGCAUGCUUGGAGAGAAGGGCACGAGGGGUGAACAAGGAGAGAAGGGCUCCAUGGGCUUCCCUGGGGCACGUGGCCCUAGUGGGCAGAAGGGAGAGGUUGGAGCACCUGGAGAGCCUGGUGAGCCGGGUCAGCCUGGCCGCGAUGGGAUCCCCGGGGCCCGGGGAGAGAAGGGGGACAUGGGACCCCUGGGCAUGCGUGGCCUCAAGGGUGACCGGGGCAUGAAAGGUGCCUGUGGCCUCAAUGGGGACAAGGGUGAGAAGGGAGAGCCAGGGAUCCCGGGGCGCUCAGGACUGUCAGGGAGGAAAGGCGAGCCGGGAGAACUGGGUCUGUCAGGACCACCAGGCAUUCCUGGAAAGGAAGGGCUUAUGGGACCCAAGGGUGACCGGGGAUUUGACGGGCAGCAGGGAGCCAAAGGAGACCAGGGGGAGAAAGGAGAUCGGGGUGCCCCAGGUGUUAUGGGUGGCCCUGGUCCCCGGGGCAGUGACGGUGCUCCUGGCCCCCCUGGGCCCUCAGGGAAUGUUGGCCCACGAGGUCCUGAGGGCAUGCAGGGCCAGAAGGGGGAGAGAGGCCCCCCUGGACAGUCAGUGCCGGGUGCACGUGGCAUGCCUGGCAUCCCUGGCGAGCGAGGAGAGCAGGGCAGUCCUGGUGCCCAUGGGCUCCGUGGGGAGAAGGGGGAGCCAGGCAUGACGGAGGAGGAGAUCCGUGGCUUUGUCAGGCAGGAGAUGAGCCAGCACUGUGCCUGUGGUGGCCACUUUCCACGGCACCAGGAUUCACGUGAGCACUCAGGAGGCUGGGGGGCUCAGGCCAGGAGCAGCCUCCACUCUGCCCAGGGAGUAGGAAGAAUUGUCCGCCAGGAGAAAGAGCAUGACCAAACAGGGUCCUUCUCCAGUCAGCCGUUCCCUGCUGGCAGCGCUCACAUAGUCCCUGUGCUCAAGUUGUCACACACUGAGGAGGAUGAGGGGCAGGACAGGCAGAUCAUGCUCGACAAUGACGACCUCGGGUAUGACAGCAUGGAUGGAGAGGAGGAAGAGGAGGACUAUGAUGAGGUCCUGGAGAUGGACAGCUUGGAGCAGCCUGCAGUGGAUGCUGAGCCCUGCAGACUGCCGCUGGACGAGGGGGACUGCCAGCGCUACACCCUGCGGUGGUACUACAACCAAAGAGUCACCGAGUGCCGGCCCUUUGUCUACAGCGGCUGCCAGGGCAACCUCAACCGCUUCGACAGCAAGGAGGAGUGUGAGCUGCACUGUGGGCAGCGCCCAGGGACAGAUUCCCACGGCAGUGCCGGCGGCAAGGUGGCAGGGCAGCCAAAGGUGUAGGUGCAGACAGUGUCUCGGCAGG